GAACAAUCAAUUAUUUGACUCGUACGAAUGCCAGACGAGAGUCUAGUGUAUGAAUUCAUGGAAUUAACAUUACAGUAUAUUUCCACUGUCUAGCUGAUAUUAAAUCUCGCAGCUAAAUCCAGAUUUGUAUUUUCAUUGCAGCCUGGUAGAGGUCCUCCAAGUGAUAUUCGCCCGCCUCCCCCUCGACCCUUGAUGUCGGCCACCCCUCAAGGUUUCCCCAACCAACAACAACAGAGAGGAGCACCCCCCGCCCCUCCAAACCAAAAUCAACGAAUGCCUAUGAUGCCUCCUUUCGGUAUGCCUCCAAUGGGGAUGCCCCCACAGGGAGGUUUUCCUCCACAGGGAGGUUUUCCACCUCAUGGGGGUAUGGGCCCACCUCAAGGUAUGGGCGGGCCACCCCAAGGUAUGCCCCCUGGACCUGGAAUGCAGGGGAUGCCACCACCUGGAAUGCCGAUGAUGCCAUUUGGGUUUCAACAAUUUACCAAUCAAGGUAUGUGUGUACAAACAUUUGAUUUAAUUAGCCUUUCUCACGCCGCCAUUUUUGGGUGGCUUUUCAGCCGAAGUCUGCGAGAUAAGUCCACAUAACAGCGACUUUUUAUAAUUUUUUGGACGAAUGAUGGUAAAUUUGCUUUGUAAAUAGUUAGUUUAUUUUGAAAAAUUGCUUUUUACAUUGUUUUAAUUGUCUGCAUUGGUUAACGAGAAUUAGAUGCCACCCCAAAAUGGCCGAUAUUCGUCAUCGUGAGAAAGGCUAAUUGUUAAAGGCAAAUGUCAGAUAUACAGUGACACGGUACAAAGCAUAACAGGAAUGAGGUGUCAUAUUUUAUGCAGAAAAUGUGGCGUAUACGAAAUUCGCCACCACAUGGUAGGUGUUGCUGUUAUAUAAUUAUACUAAUUUGAAUAGCAUGCUAGCUUUUGAACAAGUGUACUUGUCAUAGUUUUGCUUAGCCUGCAUGGCAGGCGGUACUAGGAAAUACCGCCUGCCGCAAAACUGGGUGUAAAUGAACUACCGCCCCUGAAGCAUCAACGCUAUUUAUAGAUGUCAUUAAUUAAGUAAAUAUUCAAAAUUAGCCACUCCCAAGUUGCUCCCAAGUCCUAACCUGAAGUUCAGGCCCUAUCACAGAAUAGGGCCUGACACAAAACCUAUCUAAAGUGUGGGAUUCCCGUCCACCUGGUGGACGGGAAAUCUGAUUGGUUGAUCAGCAUCAUGAAGGAUUUUGAUUGGUUGCAAGUUCACAUAAACAACAUUUUUAAAAAUAGCUCGGUCAAGGCGAGAAUUAAUAUAAAGGUCAAAGUCAAACGCACGUAACAAAUUCCAUUAUCGAUUUCUUCGAAUUUCUUUUCUUUUAAGCUUUAUGGCAGAAAAUAAAUCAAACAAACAGUAUUUUGAAAGGGCUUCAUCAAAAUCUUUGACCAAUUUGGACACACACGACGCUGAAAGAACAGCCAAACUAGUCAUGUAUUCGAAAGCUUGUUGUUGACAGCCAAGAUGUUCUGCCAACUUGCUUCGCCGGCAAAAGUCUUAUUUUUAAUAUCAGGUCCUACCGGCGUAAUUGUUUUCUGAGCUACAUCGCCAUCUUCGUGGUAUGAUUGAGAAAUUAAUUGUUGCUGUUAUUAGCCCGUUGUCGUUAGAGUAUAUCCGCGUCCAGCAAGUUGAGACCUUGCGAAAGCUUGGCAGUCAAGCCGUGCACAGAACUGACUAAUUAAAUCUUUGUUUGCUGUUCGCCUGUUCGGUUAAAUAGAGAAACUGACUCUUAAUUAUAUAAAAGUACCUUGAAUUUUUAAGUUUAAUUAAAAAGCAAAAUGCUCUGCGGACAUAUUCAUGGAUCUUGUCUAAAAGUACACACGAGUGACCACGAGUGACCACGAAUGACCACGAGUGACCACGAAUGACCACGAGUGAGUUCUGUGUUUAAAAGUCAUAAAAUAAUAAUAAAAAACUAUUUUAAGGUGGCUCCAUAGGGUUUUUGCAUUAUACUACACUUUUGUAUCCAGAAAACUCCCGUUUCUUCACUUUACAUGAGACGAAGACGAAAUUUAUUGGACACAUUGACAAUGCUCUCCUGAACAUUGCAAUGUGCUACUUUUGUGCUGAAAGUCUGUUACCAUGGCAACAGCGUGCUUAGGAUAAGGCUCAAAAUUUGUCUUUUUUCGGCCAUUUUAAAAUUCCCUUCGGGAAAUUUUUUUUAGUUUUUCGACUAUUGUACACGUCAGUCCACAGGAACAUAGCAAAGCAUCUGAAGUUGGGGGGGGGGCGGGGUUGUCGGAGUAUUUUACCUGAAAUUUGAAUUUUUAAUAAAUAUUUACCUAAGGUGUAAUAAUUAUAAUAAAGCUUCUUGUGGUUUGACUUGCACUGUCAUACUAAGUUUCGGGAGAAAACGGGGUUUGGGAGUCCUCCCCCAAAAAAUUGCUCCAUUUUUGAAGCUCUAGGAGUGCAAUUCUGGCGUUUUCUAAAGCAAAUUCGCAAACAAAUUGGAUGUAAAUUGACUGUAUAUUUUACAAAAAUGGUUAUCAUUCACACAAAUAAUUACUUUAUCACGCAAAUUUUACCUGAAAAUAACAAAAUUUUAACUGGAAUUUUACCGGAUUUUUGUCUGAGUUUCAUAGUUGUGGGGGUUACACGUCACAAAUAGGGGCGUAGGGACCGGGGAGGCCAGGAGGGCCAAGGCCCCCAAGUUUUCAAAAGUGCCCUUUUUUCGGUGGCAAAGUGCCCUUUGUGUUCGUGAAAAAUGUUGUUCAGAUUGCAUUUUUGCCUCAAUGGGCUUUGAUUAAUGCCAACAUUUCCGCGAAAAAUGUUUUAGGUGCCUUUAUGAUUGCAUUUAUUUCUCUUCCCUCCCUCAGGACCGUAGCGAGGGAAGCUAUUGAGGGGGGGGGGGUUAACCCCCCCCCAACUUUUUUAAAAUCAACAUAUUCGGAGAAUCGGGUUGGCCAUUAGGAAAAUUACUAACGGCAAUAAUAGUAUAACAAAAUUUUGGUUGUUAAACAGAGAAAAUAUAAUAUAAUUGUAUUGUCAGUAUAAACUGAUUUACGAAAUCAUGGCAUUUACGUGCAUUCCAUUUAACUGAAAUCGUAAAUCGGUAAAUGUUUUUCGGUUUAUUACUUCUCAGGGUCGAAGCAACCGCGAGGGGGUGGGGGCUUGGGGGGAGGGCUGCAGCCCUCCCAAUAAUUUGCUAAUAACCAUUCUUUUGUCAAGAUCAUGCAAACCUUUAUCAUUUAAAUAGUAUACCUUUGAAAUAAUGACAAUUGAUUAAUUUUAAGCGGUUACAUUAUCCAUGACAAACUGCAAAGAUCAUAUUAUAUAUAUACUUUCCUGCAACUUCCCCAAUAUAUAGUUAAUUAAAUACGCCUUAAUUUUCCCCCAUUUAGUACAACUAAAUUGCAAGCAAAUUGUAAAUUUCGACAUACUAAAACGCUGUUUUCUGACCAUCAGAAUUCUGUCAAAACUUUCCCAAAGUCCAGGAAAUGGCAUUUCAGAGACUCUAAAUUUAAAAAUUUCCUCGGGCCUUUGGCCCUCGUUCUCAAUUACCCCCAAUCAAAAAGAGAUUCCUACGGCACUGCAUGCUUCUGUAAUACGUCUGUGCGUAAAAUAUGCGUAUUUUUGUUUUUAAAUUGCGUCUUCAUUUUCCGAAUAGCAAACACCUUCGUGGUUUCGUAGGCCAUGAAAUAUUCGGAAAUUUUUUUCGUCAUUCGGCCUACACCCCCCCCCCAAUUAUACAUGCUAGCUACGGACCUGCCCCCCCCCGUCGCCAACAUUUCCGGGAAAAAUUUUUUAGGUGCCGUUUUCAUUCUAAAAGUGCCCCUCGAAACCGAGGCCCCCCCAACUUUUCGAUGCUUCCUACGCCCCUGGUCACAAACUUUGCACAUUUCUUAAUACCGUAAACCUCCGACUAUAAGCCCUGGGCUUAUAUACUUUCGUAAGCGAUUUUUGAUGGACCUAUACAAGGGGGAGCUUAUAUACGGGUGGGCUUAUACAUGGACGAUCUUUUGUGUUAGUAAUAUCAAGUCAGACAUAAACAAGUCAGUCAUAAACAGGGAAAAAACGUGUAUUAAGCAGCGAUUACUGGGCUUAUUUUAAUUGGGGGACUUAUAUUCGGGGGGCUUAUAUUUGGGUGGGCUUAUAUUCGAGGGGGGGGCUUAUAUUUGGAAUGAUGUGAGCGUUAGUACAUGUGGUGGGCUUAUACAAGGGGGGGCUUAUAUUCGGGGGGGCUUAUAGUCGGAGGUUUACGGUAUCGGCUAAACAAGCUCAAUAUCCUUUUUUCUUAAAAUUUUAUUGAAGGGAAUAAUCUAAGUAACGUUCCAUAGAAUUUUUAAAAAUUGAAGAAAAAAAUCAUUAUACGAGAAAGAUCUUCUAUGCAUAUUUGUAAAUUUUUAAAACGGCCGGAAAAAGACAAAUUUUCGGAGCUUAAUUAUUCUAAGCACGCUGUUACCAUGGUAACGGAGUUUAAGCGCAAAAGUAGUAAAUUGCAAUGUUCAGGAGAGCAUUGUCAAUGUGUCCAAUAAAUUUCGUCUUCAUGUUAUGUAAAGUGAAGAAACGGGAGUUUUCUGGAUACAAAAGUGUAGUAUAAUGCAAAAACCCUAUGGAGCCACCUUAAAAUAGUUUUUUAUUAUUAUUUUAUGACUUUUAAACACAGAACUCACUCGUGGUCAUUCGUGGUCACUCGUGGUCAUUCGUGGUCACUCGUGGUCACUCGUGUGUACUUUUAGACAAGAUCCAUAUUCAUGAGAAUAUAAAUUUUUAGUUGUGUAACGAAAUCUACAACACUUGUCAAUCAUAUUGCAUGUGUGUCUAAAAAUAACAUGUGGGCGUCCCACGGUCUAGACAGGUUUUGUGUCAGGCCCGUAUUUCAAAUUAGGGCCUGAACUUCAGGUUACCCAAGUCCCAACUGCCCAACAUAAAAUAAAUUCCUUGAUUCUCAUCACCGCCCCACUGAAUUUUAAAAUCCUCGUGAAAAUGUUUUAUAUUUCGUUAUACAAUAUAAAUCUACCGCCCGACCGCAAAAUAAUUCAAGACAGUUAAUUUUUUUAUAUUUUAUAUAGGGUUUUUAUUGCCAUUUUAAACUUCCAAUUUGAAGCAAACAGAAUUUUGAAUGAAAUUUCAUUGUAUUUUAAAGAAACUCAGUCAUUUUGUCAUUGUUCGUGGACAUACGAACUAUUGAUAUAUAAAUUAUAUAAAUAUAAAAUAUAAAAAAUAAAUCUCCCACUGUCUUCGACAUUUCAAAGUGUAGACUGUGUCUAGUGAUGACAAUCAAGGAAUUUAUUUUAUGUGUUAAUAUAAACCAAGCCCGUUUAGCCGUUUAGCUGCCUUAAAACGGUGGUUUAAUAAGCUCAAAAUACAAAGCAUGCAAGUCUAUACUAUAGAUUCAUCAUCAGUCAACAACCAAACUGAAAGUAUUGAACCUUAUAGAACGAUAGUUUUUAUUUGUUUACAACUAUACAUAUUCAACGGGUAUAUAAGAGUUUAACUGUUAUUUGAUAAUUACUGCAUCAACUGGCCCCUUGUUUAUACUUUGGAGGUUCGUAUAUAUUAUAUCGAUAAAGUAUCUUUGGUUCAGAACAUGAUAGGCCUAUAUGAAAAUCCCACCGUUCGAUUCAGUGAAGAAAUAUCUCCUAAUUUCUAUCGAUAGUUUUAGUAAAAUGUCAACAUCAUUGCGAUUUAUGGGCUUUGAAAGUCAAGCGAGAUCGUAUAUUAUCAAAUUAAUACGCAUGUAAUUGUCUGAACGAAAAUAUAGACUAGCCCAUACCUUUCGCCGAUCAUAACUUCGGCCCCUUCGGACGUAUCUUCUUUGUUAAAUAUUCUUGUUCGAAUCGCUAUAAAAAACACUACUUAGAGUGUUAUUUUUCAGCUUGUAUCUUUAAAUUUGCUUCUUUUGUUACAUUUAUGGUAUUCCAUUUCUGGUCUGACUUGACGUGAACUAAUUUCAAAACGCAGAGUUUCAAAACGUCAAAACAUUUGGUUAAUGAUUAACAUUUAACCGAAUUUAGCCGUUGAUUGACAACUACAUAAAAAUACUAACCAAUCCGUUUUUUCCGUUCACCAGCGGACGGGGAAUUCAAAAACCCCUAGUUUUGCGGCAGACGGUAUUUCCUUUGACUCCCUAAUUUUCGCUGCCUGUAGAAAUACCGCCUGUCAUGCAGGCUAAGUUUUGCUUGGCAAGCUUGCCUAUGCAGACGAGCAAAUACAAUUUGCCAUUUGAAGACUUUUCAUGAAAGAAUUGUCCGUAACCUGUCUUUUGUUUUGGCGCUUUCCAAGUAUUUCCUUUUUGGCACUGUAUUUCACAUUGUAUUGCGAUUACUACAAAAGGCCGAAAGCAAUAUAUAGGAGUGCUAUACAGUAUAAAUCAAGUAUGCCCCCCCCCCCAUGCACAGCUACAGUAUGUCCUUCACAACUGUUUGUCUAACUUCGAAGUUUUAACUAAUAAUUUUCUUUUGGAUUUCAUCUUUGUUAGGUAUGCAAAAUCAAGGAAGGUAGCAAGAUCUUUGUGGAUAUAUGUGAACAACUGUUAUUUUUUGCGAAGACAUGGAAUAUUUACAGUUUGUGUACAUUAUGGGACAUGGAGCAGCAUUAUGAAAGUCGUCAUGCAGUUUGCCGUAGGUUUUAUACUAAGUAACGAAGGUCAGUUGAGACUCAUAAGAGUUGAUACAAGCGAAUAACUUCUCAAAAAAACUUUUCUUUUGGUCGCAGCUAUUGUGACCAAGCAUAGCCUAUCGAAGGGAAGAUGGCUGUGAAACUCAUUAGAAUAACAAUAUAACUCAUCUAUGUAAGUCAACGUUUAUUCAUAAAUCUGGUCCUUUCACCGUCACAUGUGUAUUGUAUUUUUACCAAAUCCACCAAUAGCAAUUUCCAGCUUCCCUAUUGUUCGAGUCACGGAUAGGUGACUUUCCUAAAACAUUCCUAUUGGUUAGUUGGGCAAAAAUACUAUUGUUAUUCUAAUGAGUUUCACAGCCAUCUUCCCUUCGAUAGGCUAUGGACCAAGUAACACUAGAUUCCCCUUAUUACGUUUUCGUAGCGCUUUGCAUUGUGGUUAUAGUGGUAUCACUGAUAUUCAAGAUGGCUUAUUUUUUGUCCUGACCGGUGCAAGAACUUUAAAAGAAGCUAGGGUCAGGUGCGCGAUAGGCAACAGCAAAAUAUUCCCGAAAACAUCCAAUAUUUUCAUUCGAGGCCGCUAUCUUUAUCAGUGAUACCACUAUAACCAUAAUGUAAAGCGCUACGAAAACGUAAUAAGGGGAAUCAUCAAUUAGGGGCCUUUAACUACACUCUUGGACUUAACACUUGAGACCAUUCAUGGUAUUAUUGCUAAAAGAAUAUACAUUGACAAAGCAAACUUCGUCCCCCCGCCCCCCUCUCCCCCAUAUUGUAAAUAACCCCGAAACGGAAUUUUGGUAUUUUACCACCACUCAAGCUUAACAUUGAGUUGGGGUGGGGGCGUAAGAAGCUUAACGUAUUUUAAAUGGACUUUAUCAGAAGAGGUAUGCGAAUUUUGUAUAAAGGAAAAGGUAUGUCCCUCAACCAGUUAUGUCCAAGAUUGUAGCAGGAGGGCGACGGCUGAAAUCCCUCGAGAGUUUUAGGCAUCGUCCUCUGUUUAUUCACCACAACAAACUGAAGAUGUUCAUGCCUUGUUUACAAGGCCAGCUUUUCAAGACGCGAGAUGUGAUGGUCAGUGCAUUGGUAGUCCCUGUCUUAAGUUCCUGAAACUGUAAUAAAUUCCUGCAAUGGAUAGAUACACGAC